AACCAUGACUAAAUUAGUAAAUUACAGUCUUAACUCUUAACAGUUCUAAAACAUAAGUACCAAAAGUUCAAGAAUCCAAUUCCAGAAAUGGUGGGAAAUGUUGCGUACUGUGGAGGUGAGAUGGCUGGAGCAGGGCAGUGGUUGGGGGAGAUGUUGCGGCAGGAGCAGGGAGCUGCUUGCGACGAUGGCGACGGGGACAGAAGCGCCGGGAGCGGGGAGCAGCUUGCUACGACAAGGACUGGCGAUGGCGACGGGACGGAAGCGCUGGGAGCGGGGAGCUGCUUGAGGAUGGCGAUGCCGUCGGGAAGCGCCGAUGCUGGGACAAGAUAGUUGACGGCGGCAGGGUGGCGCCGCUCUCCCUCUGUAGUCUGUUCUAGGGUCGAAAACGAAGAAAUGAAAUGAAAGUUAGGGUUUUGUUUGGCUGCCAUAGACCCACCAUUGGCCUUCUCAAUUUUUUUUUAGGUAAACCAAACGGUCGAACCGCGCGACCGGCUUGAGCGGUUAACCGCUUUGGCCGCUCGCCGGCCGCUGUAUAAACCCGUAGCGGUUAAAUAACUUAUCUGAACCGGUUUUACGGCCGGGUGGCGGCUUUGGCGGUCCGGCCGGGCGGCUCGGUUAGGCUUUGACAGCACUGCUGUUUUGUAUUAUCGGAAAAGAAAUAGCAAAGAAGAAGUAUACUCAAACGUGAUGUUAAAUUGUUCUGAAGUUCUUACCAAACAAAAAAAUUGUUCUGAAGUUAAGUUAGAAACCAGGAGACUAAGGUAACAAACGUUAAAAGAAAAA